GGAGGAGGAGACACGCGAUGAUGUGUGUGAGGGUGUGUAUAAAAUCUCGCUAAGUGCUGGAAAGAAUCAGAAAAAAAACUCUGCUAAAGGAAGGAACAACUGCCAAGAAAUGCACCGCUCUCACAAGCCACCGUUUGCCAGCUGGCUCAUUGAGCAAGUGCAGGCGGGCCAGUACGAGGGUCUGCGCUUCGUCGCUCCAAACAAGAUCCGAAUUCCCUGGAAGCACAACUCCAAAAGGGACUGCACAGAUGUUGACACUAAAAUAUUUCAUGCAUGGGCGGUUGUGAGUGGUAAAAUCAUCACUUUCCCAAAUGAUAAGGCCAGAUGGAAAACAAAUUUUCGCUGUAACCUGAACAACCACCCGCCGCACUUCAGACUGAUCGAAGAUAACUCCAAGACCGCAGACCCUCAUAAAGUCUAUGAGAUCAUCAACACUCCGAACAGAGAAGAAAGUAUGCAAAAUAUACAAACCCCAUGGGAGGAGUCAGAUUUGAAUGUAGACCUCUACAGAGCUCCCUCAGAGCAACAAUUUGCUAACAAUGCUUUUGAGCUUGGCAGCCAUCCAUCAGAAUAUUUUCAACAUCCAGCUGUGCAGAGAAACAGUUCUGCUGCUGCAAUAGCUGAGAAUGCCACUCAUCUUCAACAAGUAAAUCCAUAUCUGUCUCAGUCUUGGAGUACUGACUUGGAGGUCUCCAUCCACUACAGAAAUAGACAAAUGUUAAAGACUAUAGUGAACACAGACCGCCUCCAACUGCACUACCUACAAGGGCCCUGUGAGAACAACUCUUAUCCUCUCUGCUUCCCCACCACUGAAGGCCUGCUGGACCACAAACAGAUUGAGUACACCAAUCGCAUCCUGAACAGCAUCCAGAGAGGUCUCCUCCUCGAAGUCCACGAGUCUGGCAUUUACGGCAUCAGGCAGGACACUUGCCAUGUGUUUGCCAGCACCGAUAAGUCCGGCAUGGCUCGAGCGCACCCGAGAAAAUUACCCAAAAACACUAUUGUGGAGCUUUUUAACGUUCAGAAGUUUGUUCAUGAACUAAAACAGUUCAAAGAAAACAGGGGAAGCUCUCCUAACUAUACCAUCACAAUGUGUUUCGGAGAGAUGUUUCCAGAUGGAAAACCGCUGGAGAAGAAGCUUAUUGUUGUCCAGGUGGUCCCGCUGAUCUUCCAAUCCUUUCACGAGAAGGCCCAGAGUGAGGGAGCGUCUUCUCUGAACAGCGCAAACAUCAGCCUCCAGUUGUCCCACAACAGCUUCUAUGAUUUCAUUGCUUCUCACUUGAGCCCACCGACAACUGAGUUUAGCUAACAGUCCUGUGGAGAUCGCCGGCCCUGAUUCCAAUCUGCUCCAUUUGUCAAUAAAUCCUUUGUAAACCCAA